AGACAAACUCUAGUCCCGAACAGUACUCCCGUCCCGGAUCAGUACCCCGUCGAAGCUCCACCUGUGUUCCUCCGAAAGCUGAAGUGGGCUGCUGUUGCAGGAGGUUGUGAUGUCCGGCUGAGGGUGUCUGUGGGAGGAAGCCCGAGACCGACGCUGCAUUGGUACCAUAAUGAUGAACCUCUGGUAAAUGAUCAUGAGGAUUACGAUGGCUUGUGGAUACGAGAUUGUAAGCAGACUGAUGGAGGCCUCUACACCUGUGUGGCUGUUAAUCACCUGGGUGAAGCUAGAACCAGCGCUGUUCUUGCUGUGCUGGACCUUGGAGAAGACUCAAACAGUACAGAAGAUGAAAGCGCAGAGCCUCAGGUCUCCAUGGAGAUGAAGGAACAGUUCAUGCCUCCUCAGGGGGAAGCAAUCAACAGCCAACCGACGGGCAGGGGGAGAGCAAUGCUUUCCCACAUCCCAAGUGAUGGUCUAGUAGUGGAGAGGGAAAUGCGAACCCUGGGCUCCAGAGCGCCUGGUCUUGAGGAUCCCUUGUCACCUGGAAGGCAAGCAAAUGCUGGGGGCCAAUUGGACUUUAUAACAAGGGAAGCUUCUCCAUUUGUCCAAACCCAGCCAUUCCAAAAAGCCCACAAUGGCACUAAAACAGCCAUGAAUGGAGCUGAACUCCCUGUUAAGAUUUCAAAAAUCUCAGCUUCAUCUCAAAGCAGUGCUUGCCAAGACUCAUCCUCUAUCCAAACUCCCAAAGUGUCCCAGCCAAGUUCCAAAAUCUUAGACAAAGUGAGAGUUUUUGAGGAGCAAAGACACAGCAGUAACAUUCCAAAGGUGUCUUCAUCAAGACUGUCUUGGGGUUUCAAUCGAGCAUCGUCCUGCAAUUCUGAGGAUGGAAGGAGCAAAGCAGGGAAGCCCCACGACAACUCCAUGAGUGAUGUGGCACUCAAGAGGUCCUUCUUCAAGCAGAAAGCAUCCUCUCUGGAGGAACAGGCAACCUAUGUAGAGAAAAGCUUUCAGAGUAAACUCUCAGAAGAGCUUCACCGAAUAAAGAAACUUGUUGGAAAGUCCAACAUCAAGAAAGCCUUUUCAGUGGAUCAGCUCGUUCCACAGUCUACUGGAAACGUUGUGUCAGUUCCAGCCCAGGUAAUUCAGAAGGUGGAAGACUCGAGAGUGAAAAAACAUACUGAUUCAAAUGAUUUGCCAACGUCAGCCUUGCCAAAGAAAGAAUCACCAGAACUACUGAAAAAGAAACUGCCAGAGGACUCAAAGCAACAUGAAGGGAAAGCACACACUGAUUUGACAGAAAACCAGUGCAGGAAGACUUCUGAGCCCAGGCGAUUGUUGGAGAGAAAAGUCGUCAAUGAAAAUGUCACUUUCAGUAAAAUACCAGGACAGUGUUCACCAAGAGUACCGAGGACAAAUGUGUCCUGCAAAUCACCUGCAGAAAUACCACCUGCCCUGCCAAUGCAAGUGGGAUUGGUACAAGCACCCCUAAAACCUCCAAGGUUGUUUGGUUCAAUUUCCACACUUCCAAAGUCAUUUAAGGAGAGAGAGGAGGGAAAAGACUCAUCAGUUGCACCUAAAUUGACCAUACCUACUAUUAUGGUUGAAAAUAAGCCUGUGGAUGAAGAGGCAGAUAAAGCAGAAAGUGGUCAAAAGGAAGCAAACAGAAAUGAAGGAAAGACAGCCAGAAGAAACAGAGAAGACCGGUCAGAUGACUCCUGCAUGUCUGUGGAGGAGGACACCGCAGAGGCCCCCAUGUCUGAACUUCCUCUUAAGGAUGCUGCAGAAGCUGCUGGAUCAGACGUGAUGCUUCAGAGCGUCAUCGGGGGAAACCCUGGCCCCAGAGCUUCUCCUGCUGAGUCAUCUCUGACAAUUACCAGACCAAUGCAGGAUGUGAAGGUCAAGGCAGGAGAGAUAGCCUUGUUUGAAUGUUUCAUAACUGGGCCACAGGCUGUGGAGGUUGAUUGGCUGGCCAAUGGGAAGUUGAUACAGCCAGCAGUGUUUGACUGUAAGAUGCAGUUUGAUGGACAACGAUGCCGUCUUCUGUUCAAAUCUGCACACGAAGACUACAGUGGAAGCUAUACUUGCAAAGUCAGUUCAGCAAAAGAUAAGCUCACUUGUACAGCUAAUCUUCUGGUGAUUCCAUCUAAGAAGCCACUCUUUACACGGAAACUGGAGGUACUGGAGGCUACCGAGGGCCAGUCUGCACAAUUCGAUUGCAAAGUCAGUGGAUCUCCCCCUCCUGAAGUCACCUGGACUCAUUGUGAACAAGCAGUGGCGGAGACUGAUAAUAUUCGCAUUCUUAAAGUAAAUGGGCAUCACUCUUUGCUCAUCACUCAUGUUAACAAGGAGAGUGAGGGACUGUACAGAGUAAUUGCUCGAAAUGUUCAUGGAGAAGCAGAGAGCUCAGCUGAACUCUAUGUACAGGAACCUCGACCGGCCAUAUCUACUCACAUGUCAAGGUUAGAAAAGAUGCCAUCUAUCCCUGAGGAGCCUGAGGUGUCUGAGGGAGAGGUGGAACACAAGACAAUGCCAGACUUCAUAAAACCUCUCAGUGACCUGGAAGUAGUAGAAGGGAAAGAAGCAGUAUUGAAGUGCAGGGUCACAGGCCUGCCAUACCCCAAAAUCAUUUGGUACCACAAUGGCAAGAAGAUAGAGAGCAGCACCGAUGACAGAAAGAUGAUACAGAACAGGGAUGUUCACAGUCUGGUCAUUCAUUCUGUGUGUCAUGGCCACAGUGGUGUGUAUAAAUGUGUCAUCUCCAAUAAAGUGGGCAAGGCUGCCUGCUAUGCUCAUUUAUAUGUUGCAGUUAGCCUUCCUGAGCCACCUGAUGAUCCUCCAGUAAUUGAAUCUGUCACUGGGAGAACAGUCUCACUGAGCUGGAAAAGACCAAAUAACCUGGACCCAUCCAUGGAUCCUGCUUCACUCAUGUACGUUGUUCAACAACAAACUCUGGGCUCCACCCAAUGGACAACCAUUGCCUCCAGCCUCAGAGACACCUCUUAUACAGUCCCCUCACUUUCUAAGGGAGUGUGUUAUUCCUUCAGAGUCCUUACUACCACUGGAAAAGCAUUCAGCAAACCCUCACCACCCACUGACCUGGUCCAGCUCAUUGACAGAGGACAGUAUUUACACAAAGCUCCAGUCAUCCUGGACAAACCUGAUAUUGUGUAUGUAGUUGAGGACCAGCCUGUCACCAUCACAAUAACCCUUAAUCAUGUCCAAGCAACAGGAAUGUGGAAAAGAAGGGGAGUGGUGCUUGUCAACAAACCUGGUGCAUUAGAGAUGACCAUGCCUGAUGAUGACCAGCAUGCCCUCCAUAUUGCCAAAGUGAAAAGCAAUGAUGUAGGGCAGCUUAUUUUCAUGGCAAACAACCAGUAUGGCAGUGACCUCUGCACUCUGCAGCUGGCCAUGGCAGUGCCCCCUACAUUUGAGAUCAUCAUGGAGGACUUGGACGUGUGUGUUGGGGAAACAUCUCGUUUUGCUGUUGUUGUAGAUGGAAAACCUGACCCUGAUAUCCUCUGGUACAAGGAUAGUGUUCUUCUUGCAGAGAGCAGUCAUUGUACCUUUGUGUAUGAUGACAGAGAGUGCUCGCUUGUUAUUCUCAGUGUUCAGCCUGAGGAUAUAGGGGUCUACACUUGCACUGCUAGGAACAUGGCUGGGUCAGUGUCCUGUAAGGCUGAGCUUAUGGUCCAUACUGCCAAAAAUGUGGAGGAAGAAGAAGAGCAAAUGGAAGAUGAAGGCACAAUUCUACGGAGGAUGCGCAGACUGACUGAUUACUAUGGCAUACACAAAGAGAUUGGCAGAGGGGCUUUUUCAUAUGUCAAGCGAGUGACACUAAAAAAAGGUCAAUCAUUUGCAGCAAAAUUCAUCUCGGUGCGGGCAAUGAGUAAGACUUGUUCCCUAAGAGAGAUGACCCUCCUGUCAGAGUUAGACCAUGAGAAUAUCGUCCACUUCUACGAUGCUUUCGAAAAGAGGCGUGUAGUGGUCAUUAUUACUGAACUGUGCCACGAAGAGCUUUUGGAAAGAAUAACAAAAAGAACAACCAUCUUCGAAUCCGAGGUUCAGUCUAUCAUACGGCAGUUACUCGAGGGUGUCGCCUAUCUUCACCGCAAUGACAUAAUUCACCUUGAUAUAAAGCCUGAAAACAUUCUCAUGGCAGACCAAAAAAGUGAUCACAUUCGUAUUUGUGAUUUUGGCAAUGCUCUGAAAGUCAAUCCAAAUGAGGAAUUGUACUGCAAAUAUGGCACACCAGAAUUUAUUGCUCCUGAGAUUGUAAACCAGUCACCAAUCUCUAAAUCUACAGACAUCUGGCCAGUGGGUGUCAUAACUUAUUUAUGCCUAACAGGAGUUUCCCCAUUUGCUGGGGAAAAUGACCGUGACACUCUGCUGAACAUCAGGAAUUAUAAUGUUGCAUUUGAGGAAAGCAUGUUUAAAGACCUUUGCAGAGAAGCAAAAGGAUUCAUCAUAAAGCUCCUUGUCCCAAACAAACUGAGACCUGAUGCCACAGAAUGUCUUCUUCAUCCUUGGUUCAAGUCACUGACAAAGGGAAAAAGCAUCACCACAACAUUACAUAAGCAAGUGCUAGCCCGACGUAAAUGGCAGUGUUCGCUCAUUAGAUACAAGUCUAAAAUGGUGAUGAGAUCCAUAUCAGAAUUGCUGGAUGACUCUUCUAGCCAUGUGUCCCUUGCGGUGCCUAGAAACCUUAAAGACUGCUCACCACCUCCAUCGUCAUCCUCCGACUCAGAUGAGGACACAGAUGAACUUCCUUUCAUCCCUAUGCCCCACAUAAUGAUGUUCUCUGGUUCCCGGAUGUCUCUGACUGAGAUCCAUGAGGAUGAUGAUAAUGUCAUUAGAGGAUCCAAUGAUUCCUACCAAAAAAACAUUCAUCGGCUCAAGGACAUCACAGAAUGCCAGCCAACUGAUCGACAGCAGAAUGUAGACCACCUGGAGAUUGCAGAAAGGACUGAACACUUGAAAGAAUCCUUGCAAAGGGAUGCCAGUGUACAAGCUGAACAGGUAGAAGGCAAGUCCAGAAGAGCGCUAAUGCGAAGAGGGAGUUCUGCUGAUAGUGCGCUUCUUCUGCAGAUCACACCUGAAGAUGUAAAUGUGAAUGAUAAUAUUAAGGAAAGCCAAAAGCACAUGAAAAAGGCAGUUUCCAUGGAGCUUCCACACCGGAGCAGUAGUCCAAAGACAGGCAAGCUAAGCAAGGAAGAUUAUGCUCUAAAACUUGAUCUUCUGAGGCAGAGGUUGCUAAGAGGGGGCACUGUUGACAAGAAUAUGAGUGGUCUUCGUGGACCCCUGCUUGAGACACUGGGUGUUGAUGAUGAGAGACGAACUGCAUCUUUGGACCGUAACUUCAGACGAGCCAGGUUGAGUGCAUCUCAGGCAUCCUCCACUGAAAGUCCUGAGGAAACAAAAACUGUAUCCAGGAAGAGGUCUUCUUUAAGGGAGGGAAACUCAGAGACGAUUUCACUACAUAGGAGAUCUGGAGCCCCACUAGAGAUUCCCUCCUUAGCCACAUCUAAUAUCACAGAUCAAACCAAGGCUGGUCCUCCACCUGUGUUUCCUAGAGAAAUUUCUUCCAAGCCACCAACUCCAGACUUGGAAAUUAAACAGGUGUCUAAAGAAGAGUCUACUGGUAAUGUCCAUAUUAUACAUACCUCUCAGCCUGCAUCUAUAUUAGAUGACACUGAUAAGAAGUUAGAGAAGAUGGAAGAACACUCAUUCCCUCAAGACAGUGUGCAAGGAAAGAGUAAUAAAAGUACUGAAUCAUCUCUUGAUAUACUUCCACAUGACAUAUCCUCAAAUUAUUCCAGUAAAGUGCAGGUAAAUGGCAAACAGGCAUCAUCUGCCACAGUGUUACCCACCCCUAUCUUGAAAAUCCCACAGCCAGAUACUCAACCUACCACUGGACAUCCAGCUGUUUUUGCUGCUGCUUCCUCAGCACACCAGCCAACCCUUAGAAAGGAUAUCAAAGAUAUUGAUUCAGAGGAACUUUUUGAGGCAAGGUUUAAGAAGAGGGAAUCAUCUUUGACACAUGGCCUGAAACGAUUGGCAAGGGCAAAGUCUGUAGAAAACUCACCAGUUCUCCCACGGAAAUUAGAUGAAGAGGUUUAUCGACCUGGACCUGUAGGCGCCCCAUUGGAGUUUGGACCUAGAAGAUUACAGGAAAAAUCCAAGUCUGUCCAAGACCUCAGGGAGGUGGAGAAGGAAUCUGGGCUUGGACUUGUUGGAAGAUUCUCUAUGCGUGCAAGGAGAUGCGUGCAACCCAUUCAAAAAAAAGGCAAAGAGGAGACCUCAGAUUCUGUAGCUAACAGACGACGGGUUACCUGGGCUAUGGGACGUAGCAAGUCCUUGGACAAAAAAGAAGUUGAGACGGGAACCUUUGACAACACUAUAGAUUCAAACAAAGAAAAUCUUGGGAAAGAUAGUAAGAAGGUUGCUGAAUCGCCUGUCCUUGCAGUGCGACGUAAAUUUGAAUCUGUUUCAGGAAUAUUUGAUAGAGUGCAUAGUAAGUCAAAAGACAGAGAUGAUAAGGAAACUAAACCCCACGUUGAUGCAGAAACUCUAAAAGAGGAGAAGCAAGACAUCAAGAAAAUAAACGAUUCACCAGUUCUGGCAUUGCGAAAAAAGUUUGAGUCGAAGGUGUCUGGAUUUUCAUUAAGAAAACAAAGUCAGCCUGAGAAGAGGGAGGGAGAUAAGGAAACUAGAGAUGAAGGACAGAAAACACCUUUGCUCUCCUGUCAUCGCCGCUCUCAGUCUGAUGGGCUCAUUCACAAGAAGGUGGACAUUCCAGAGAACCAGCUUCCUUCACAAACUGCUUCUACAUCAUCCAAAGAGACACUGAACGACUCUUCUAGUGUACAGUCUGUAGAGUCCUUUCAGACUCCUGAAACUGACAUGAGGUCUAGGUGGGACAGAUGGGGUUUGUCCAGAAGUAAGAGAGACAGGACACCAUCUAAAUCAAGGGCACCUGUAACUUCAAAGGAAGAUUUUCCUCCAGUUUUCCACAUUACACUAAAGGACCAUGUUCUUCUUGAAGGAAAUCCAGUCACCCUUAGUUGUCUUCCAGCUGGUAGCCCUGAGCCUAAAAUAUUAUGGAUGAAAGAUAAGAAACCUUUGGAGAUUGAUGACAGAAUGAGCUUAGUGGGCUGCCCAGAUGGAAGGCAACUUUUGAUGAUCAUGAAGACCUCUAAGAAAGAUGCUGGAAUCUAUGAAUGUGUAGCCACUAACAACCUGGCCUCUGCAACUACUUCCUGUAUACUGUCCUUAGCCUGUGUUCCAAAACCUCCGGGAACCCCAGAGAUUCCACAGAUAUACAAUGACACUGCUCUGGUUCAAUGGAAACCUUCAGACACCAAAGUUCCUUGCACAUACACACUUGAGAGAAAAUCUGAUGGUGAUGAUAAGUGGUUGACUGAAGCUACAGGAGUGACUGAUUGUUUCUACAAUUCCACUAAACUUCCUUCUGGUUCUACCAUCCGAUUCCGUGUGGCAUGUGUAAAUAAAGCUGGCCGAGGUCCAUACAGUAAUGUAUCAGAGGGAAUACGCAUUAACGUUGAAGCGGCACCACUCAAUAACCCUGCAGAAAUGAAGACAAACCCCUCCGCCUCUUUCCCUGUUGUGACCACCGCUGUGACGGCAUCUGCUUUUGCGUUAACACAGCCAAGUGUGUUUAGUCAGUCUAUUAGUCCUAUUACUGCACAGUCUGGUGAAGUCAGAAAGACUUCCUCAGAAGUCCCUGUUUCUCACUCUUUCCCAAAGACGUCCAUGCCUCCUCUUGUUCUCCCCAAGCCAACAAGCGCUAUCAACAUGAUUCCCCCUAUUACCCAAGCCCAAACUGUAUUUCCAAGGUCAAGCACAGCUCCACCCUCAAUAGGCAGAUCAAUUUCCCCUGUCCCUACAUAUGUUCCAGCCACUUGCUCAGAUGCUCCCACCCCUGUCUCUCCCCCUGUGAUUCUGGUCAGCAGUAUCAGUCCAAUAGGAGAAGGAGCAAGCUCACCCACACCAGAGACACCUACAGGACGAGUGGUGUCCUACACCAAAACUGAGACCACUUUGAGGCAAGGAGUUCCCCAGAAGCCAUACAGCUUUUUGGAUGAGAAAGCCAGGGGUCGUUUCGGCGUGAUAAGAGAUUGCAGAGAAAACGCAACAGGGAAGAUGUUCAUAGCAAAGAUAAUUCCCUAUGAUCAGCAGACUAAGCAAACUGUCAUAAAGGAGUAUGAGAUCUUGAAGUCCCUCCGUUGUGAACGAAUCAUGGCCCUGCAUGAAGCCUAUAUCACACCUCGCUACCUUGUGCUCAUAACAGAGAACUGCACAGGCAAGGAGAUCCUGUAUAGUCUCAUAGACAGAUUCUGUUACUCUGAAGAUGAUGUAGUGGGAUUCAUUGUCCAGAUCCUUCAGGGUUUAGAAUAUCUCCACAACUGCCGGAUUCUUCAUCUGGACAUCAAGCCAGACAAUAUCAUGGUCACCAACCUCAAUGUGAUUAAAAUCAUAGACUUUGGCAGUGCACAAAGGUUUAACCCUCUCUCACUCCAACAAUACAGCAGAGAUCUUGGGACUCUGGAGUACAUGGCUCCAGAAAUGCUGAAAGGGGAUCUAGUAGGACCCCCGGCAGACAUUUGGAGCUUGGGAGUUCUUUCCUACAUUAUGCUCAGCGGUAGACAUCCUUUCCAGGACAAAGACCCAAAACUGACAGAGACAAAAAUCCAUGCAGCAAAGUUUGACUCAUCUAAGCUCUACCCAAAGGUGUCCCAAAGUGCCUCCACGUUUUUAAAGAAGAUGUUAAAUGGCUACCAAUGGUGCCGACCCACCAUUAAGGACUGCCUCAAUCAUUCAUGGCUUCAUGACUCAUAUUUAAAGAAGCUACGUCGACAGACCUUGACUUUCACUACCACACGGCUCAAAGAAUUCCUGGCGGAGCACCAGCGCAGAUGUGCGGAGUCGGCUACUAAACAUGAGGUCCUUCUCAGAGUCUACCAGAGUGGACCUUCAUCUACCAACCAGUGAAGAAAAAUAACGACUUUGACUUUAACAGAGCUGGUAAAAUGUCUGGAAAUUCUACCAGAAGCUUCAUUGAUGACAAAUAAUAUGAGUUGAAGAAUAAACUGUACUCUUAUAUCAAGAAAAGAAAAGACUACAUGUUAAGAGUGAUAAAAGGAAAAGCUGGUCAAUAGCAAGUAACAGUUGUUUCAAGGUGAUGGACAUUACAUAAAGAGCAAUACUGGAUUAAAUUAUCUUUGGAUCUGUGAUUGUACCAGAAUGUUUGUUUUUUAAUAAUAUCAUUAUUGUUUAGUAUUUAUGUAGGUUGCAAUUGGUGAUGCAUCCAUUUGAACUUGAAUUAAGUAUCAUUUUAAGAAUUGCAGGAGCUGUCAAUGAAGAAGAAUACAGUAAUAGUUUUCUACAUUUUUCUUUUGGGAAUUCUUUAAAUGCACACAGUUGUCUGCAGUGUAAAAUGCUGAUUUGUCAGUGUUUAAUAUAUAUAUCGAGAGUGUCAGCAAUAUAAUACACUUUUAAGCUUCAAGCUCUGGUGUUUCAAGUUGUUUCAAAGUUUAUUUAUGAAAACCGUUACGAAUCUUGUGUAAAUCUUGUAGAUGUAUGUUUACAUUUGAUUUUAUAUUUCAAACUCUGUAUAUCACACUGUUUGGCAUGUCUUUAGACUUUUUGCUGUUUUGCUUUUGUAAAAUAUUUGAUAUGGGUACUUUGAUAACAGGUAUGAGUAUAUAUUUACAGUUUUUUCCCCUUUCUAAUGAAGCAUUCUUUCAACAGAAUUAAAAAUAAAACAUGUUAAUUGAAAACACAAAA